AGACCUCGGUGCGGCUCUUAUUUCAAUCUGUCUCUGUUCGAGGAAAAUAAGGAAUGCAGCUUUUUUUAGACAAUACGGAGUAUCUCGAUGUUUAUUUUUAGACGUGCCGUAUUUAACGUUGGUGCUGUAUGACUGUCCGUUUAUCUCCCUAUGAAGCACCAUUUUUCUAGACUAGGAUUCUUACCCUCCAUCUUCCCUUAUCUCUGGUGAUUCAACGUGGUAUAAUGUGAUACAAGAAACAUCAGUGGCACCAGUGAGAUAAAGCAUGGGAUUGCCCCCCGGAGACAGGAACCACACUCCUAUUCCUGAGGUUGAGGUCCCUGGCCCCAGAGGGCCACAUGAUAGACGGCUAGAAGCUAGCUCUGAGGUAAAUUGUGGAGCGGGCCUGAAGGGCAUCAUAACUAAACUUGUCCUUUCUGCACAUUGUAGAUCCAGCCUGACAGGUCGUAAUGGAGUCUGAAGAGACAGAGCUGAGAGAUUGUGAUGAGGCCUUUGAGUCAGAAGAGGGCGAUGUGGAGCCAUACCUGGAGGAGCCGGCGAGCAGCAGGGAGCUCCUAGAGAGGCUCAGGGAGCUGGAGGCUGAUAAUUCAGUCCUGGCCCUUGCGAAUGAGAGCCAGAGAGAGGCGUAUGAAAGGUGUCUGGAUGAGGUUGCCAACCAUGUGGUACAGGCCCUUCUGAGUCAAAAGGACCUGCGGGAGGAGUGUAUUAAGUUGAAGAUGCGUGUAUUUGACCUGGAGAGACAGAACAGGACUCUGACUGAGCUCUUUGCCCAGAAACUACACCCCCAGGAUAGCUCUCUGCAACAGUUGCAGUUGGUGUCUGUCCCAGAGCACAGCACAGAGCCCCUGACCAUGGACAGUGACAAGCUGCUGGUGUCCCAGAGCCAUAGGGAACUCAAGAGCAAUGGGGACCACACACAGAACGGAACAGCCGGCUUGGCCCCGGCCCCUGCCACCUCCAUAGAGGCCCUGUCUCCGUUCUUCAAAAAGAAAGCACACAUCCUGGAAGUAUUGCGCAAGCUGGAGGAGUCGGACCCCCUCAAGUUCCACCCCUCCUCCUGCCUGUCCCCACACCACGACCUGGGUCAGGCGCUGGUUUCCAUGGAAAGAGACCAGAUGUCCCUGAUGUCCUCUGUGGGGUUACCCUCUUCUCAGCGCCUGGUAGCACAUCCCUCGUCACGCUGCCACUUCUCCAGCUCAGACUCGGACAACCAUGAUUAUACCAACAGAGAAGGGGCUCUCCAGGAGGACCAUGCCCUGCACAAACAGCACCAGCACAGGGACUGCCAGUCCUGCCAAAUGUUCUCCCAGAAGAGUAGCCUGGACAGCCUGCUGAAGUGUGUCAAGGUCCACGGCGCCGCACACCCGGGCAGAGUGGAGAGCCUCAACGGGCAGGCCUGGGCAGAGGACCAGGGGGCGUUGGCACCGAGCACAGGCCUUCCCCAGGCAGCAGCUCUCCCCCACCUCCUCUCUACUGGCAGCACAAGCCAGUGCUACAUGCACAAAACAGCAGUGGACUCUCUAGAGCAGCCUCCAGAACUUCUGGUUUCUUCUGAUCCAAUCUCCUCGCUAAUCCAAGCCAACCUCAACGGGAUGCUACGGAAGGAGACCAGGAACUUUCAAAGACACAAAGACAGGCAUCCGUUUGGCAAACCGCUGCCUCGGGCUGAGGUGCAACCCUCUCACAGUGAGGAUGUGAAGCACACGUCGCUGACCCAAAACAGGGACAGUCCGGAGGAGUGCUGCUACCUGGAAGAAGAGGCUGCAUCAGUGGCACACAAUGUGAACAACAGCCUGCACACCCCUACCUCACAUACAGACCCUGUUGCCACGGAGACAGACCCAGGGUAUCAAGAGGAGCCGGAAGUGAGCGAGCAGGUCUGCAACGGGCUCUACUUCUCCUCCAAUGAGACGUCUGUCUGCAAGAAGGUGGCGGUGGAGUUGUACUCUCCAGCCCCGGUUCCCGAGAGGACCAGCUCAGCUCAGGCCCUGCCUCCCUCUGGCAAGAGCAAGCUUGCACUCAGCCCCACCUUUUCCACAGGCCUAGGUGAAGUCAAGCCCUCCCCCAUUUCCUCCCCGUCCCGGCUGCUCAAGUUCCUGAAGAUCCCGACGGGGAUGAACCAGGCACAACCAGGCAACCCCCUCCGUCUAAGUCCCCAGCUCACCCGCAGCUCCAAGAUCCCCUGCAGGAACAACAACAACUAUGAGGUGUACCACUCACCUGUCCUGACCCGCAAAGCCACCACCACGGAGAGGGAGAAGCAGCUGUCCUCAUCCCCCUACACUGCCACACACUCUGCCCCCACCUCGCCACCCAAGCCAGAGGACAUUGCGGCCCCCCCUCCCACAGUCAAGGAGAUAGCUUUCAGCAGCCACCUUGCGCCCAAACCCAGCCACAGUACAAAGGCAGCCCCCUCCUCCUCCUCCUCUUCUCACACACAAAGGGGCUCUCAGAAGGUGGCUCACUACGAGAAAGUCUGCACGUCAGAUGGGACGCCCCAGUACCUCCCUUACACCCAACCUGAGGGGCUUGUAGACAAGCAGCAGCAGGAGGAGAACCUCCUCAGCCACCCAUCUUCACAGCACCCUGACUCAUCCCCAGAACCAGAUGACCAGGACACUGACCAGGACACUGACCAGGACACUGACCAGGACACUGACCAGGGCACUGACCAGGGCACUGACUCAGAAAGCCCUGUCUGGCACAAACCCCACCAACACUUCAGCCUACCCUCCUCGUCCUCCGCCGCUGCUAGUAAAGCACACAGUAGUCGCCCCAGCUACUCCAGCAUGAGGGACAGGCACCAGGAGCACCGUGCAACUCUGGAGCCCAGUCAGCCAAUCUGUGAACCCCCCCAGCCAACCCAGUCUGCAGCCAGGCAAGGUGACCGGUCGCCUGGGUCUUCCACCCCCAAGAGGCUGGUGCAGGGAAAACCCCAGAGUGAGUCCAGUCACCACCCAUUCAAAGAGCGCCUGGCUGCUCUGGGGAAACUGAAGAGCACAGAGAACCUGCCAGUAGGCGCACAGCCCAUGGACAAGAAGGAUGCACAAAGUAACGUGGGUAAACCCCCCACCAACAAUAUUGAGAAAAGCAAGACUGCUGAAAGGCAAGGCGAGAGAACUGGGACAGAGCAGCACAGACAUCAGAAAUACACUGAUUCCCUGGAAGGGAAGCCAUACCCCAAAACCAGCCUCUGCAGUCACCCCAGGGUGCCAGGUCCAAUACAUGAAUCAGGCGCCAAAUCAUCAGCUACCCCAUCAUCCAUACCCAAGGCAGAGCAGGAGUCAUCAUUCUCUCCCCGGAUAUAUGUAGCGAAAGCAGAUGGUCCAAAGAUCAAGAUGGGCACAUUAUCCUCCAAUACAGAGACCUCUUCUGUGGUGAGGAGCUAUGGGAAGUGCCCCAUCACCCGGAGCCACCACAGUAAAACUACCCCUAGCCCUCAAAACAGCCCCACUAAAGUUUCCUCAAAGUCCCCUUCAAAGGUCGGCCAGGCUUCCUCUUACCCCCGAGGGGUCAGGCCUGCUCAUGAGGACCGCGCCCUGGCUCAGAGACACCUGCCCAGGCUGGAGGACAAAAGCAAACUCCUGGCCAACAAGAAGAAGACCUUCGUCCAUGCAGAGAGCUUCCCGCCUCCUCCUCCUCUGCCACCGCGGUCGUCUACUGAAGCCAUCAUGAAAAACGACAAGAAGCAGUACACGUCCGGCCCACCAGUGCCCCAGUCGGCCAUCGAGCAGAAAGUAAUGCGUGGCAUCGAGGAGAACAUGCUUAAGCUGCAGGAGCAGGACCGGGGCCAGUUGGUUGAGCCCAAGCAAAAGGCUUCCAACGGCAUCGCCAGCUGGUUCGGCCUGAGGAAAAGCAAGCUCCCCGCCCUCAGCCGUAAACCAGAAGUGUCCAAGCUCAAGAACAAUAUGUCAUCCUCUCCUUCGUCGUCCUCUGCCUCCGGCGGAGGGGCUAAGGACUUUAAGUCAGGUGGGCCCCGGAAGGUGGUGGAGAGCCUGAACAUCUCCAUGCUGAUGGAGAAGGCAGAGGACCUGCGGAAGGCAUUGGAGGAGGAGCGGGCAUAUGUGAACGGGGUCGGGAUGGACCGCUCCGGCAGGGGCCACUCCUGUGAGGUGGUGAUGGACCAGGCCCAGGGCCAACUGUCACUCAUGUACAGAGGAGUGACCGCAGACAACUUCAUGCAGCAGCUCCUCAACAGUCCCUCGACGUCUUGUUCUGGAAACAGGGUGGACGAGAGGGGAGCUAUACCUACCACCUUUGGAAUGGCACACAGACGCCUCUCCUUUGACUCAAAGAGGUCACGGCCCAUCUUCGGUCACCAGAGGGAUGGGAUCAGCCACACAAAGAGCAGGGACGAGAUGGACCAGGCUUCUGAUAUGAUUGGCAAGGAUGAGGUCACAUCAGACGAGAGCUUGGCAGAGUCCAUUAGUUCCCAGCACAUUACAGGUUCUGGUGCAUCCAUGCGUACCCUCGACAGUGGCAUCGGCACGUUCCCCAUGCCAGACUAUGCCAGUAAUGCAGCAGGGAAGAGCAUCACUAAGGGGAAGCCACAGGGAGAGCAAGGGUUUUCAGGUUCCCAGGGGAAACAUGGGGCCAAGAUGAAAGUUUCGCGGAAAGCCCAUACGCUGGAGAGAGAGCUGUCAUCUCUGGAUGAAGUCAACCCAUCUAUCCUGUAUGGCUCAGGACUGGAGGGAAAAGGUCCCAACAUGCACCUGUCCAGCACCAUCCAUGAGGACAUUGAUGCCUACGGGGCUCAUAUGCAAAAUCCCCCAACCAAGGACUGGACCUUUCCCAACCUGAAAGGCUCUGCAGGAGUCAGUGAUGUUUACCUUGAUGUGCAGGGAGACCCGGGCAGCCAGAGGACCCCCUCCAGAAGGAGCAUCCUUCUGAUCCCUGUCUAUCCCUACCAUCCAUAUCCUCCCCUUUUUCCCCAUCCACCCUCCCCCUUCUUCAUGUGCCCACCUUUCCUCUCCUCCAAGAGUUUGAAACAGUGUGUCCCCCAGGGCCCCCUGGCUGCUGACCCAUGCAGCCUCCCCCUGCCACCCCAGACGGGGCUCAGCACACGGGGUAAGGGGAGGAUGCCCAGUGCCCCAGAGGUGGGGAAGGACGGCGGGCUGGAGCUGGUGAAGGAGAGACCAGAAGAUAUCAUGUCCCCGAGAGAGACGCCCGAAUCCCUCAGUGACUCCCUCUACGACAGCCUGUCCUCCUGUGGCAGCCAGGGCUGACAGGCCCAAGGGCCCAUGGACAGAGAGGGGAGCAGAGAGAGAGGCGGACCGACCGACACCCUUUAAACCCCUGCUAUGAGGCACACCCAUCCCUUCUUGUAGUGGUGGGACCAGCCCCUGAGGCAGACAGAGUUGAAGUACCUCCUCCCUCUUCCACAUACACCUCUUUCUGCUGACCCUCUCUGUGUUACUGAGAUCUGGUUAAUACUGCUGGAAAACUCACCCUCAGGUUGACUGAUGUUCACAUACAUAAUUUGAGGAACUAGGCUGAGAAUUGGACACCGUUGUCCUCCAAGCAACAAGCAUCAUACGACAGACCAGCGCAACUCAAAUGUACACACAGACACAUAUACAGUUGAAGUCGGAAGUUUACAUACACCUUAGCCAAAUACAUUUAAACUCAGUUUUUCACAAUUCCUG